CUUCCUUGGCUCUCCACAACAUCAGUUCCCUUCUUCACUUCUUUAAUUGCAAAGGAAAUAUUCCAUCUUCAAUUUAGUGCUUCAAUGGCUGAUACUGGGGCUUCCAUCUCUUCAAGAAGAAUGUGGUGUUCGGUUCCAGAGAGGCUUCAGCUGCACUUGGCCAUGUUGGCCUUGCAGUUUGGCUAUGCUGGAUUCCAUGUAGUCUCUAGGGCUGCCCUUAAUAUGGGAAUUAGCAAGCUUGUCUUCCCAGUUUACAGGAACAUCAUCGCUUUGCUUCUGCUACUUCCAUUUGCAUAUUUUCUUGAAAAGAAGGAGAGGCCAGCGAUUACACUCAACUUCCUCCUUCAGUUCUUUCUUCUGGCUCUAGUAGGAAUAACAGCAAACCAAGGAUUCUACUUGCUGGGGUUAGACAACACCUCACCCACCUUCGCAUCAGCAAUUCAAAACUCCGUCCCAGCCAUUACCUUUCUCAUGGCAGCCCUGCUCCGGAUAGAGAAAGUGAGGCUAAACAGAAAAGAUGGAAUUGCAAAAGUAAUAGGAACUAUCUGCUGUGUAGCGGGGGCCACAGUUAUCACUUUAUACAAGGGUCCAGUCAUAUACAGCCCAGUUCCACGGCUAGACAAACCCAGUUCGCCGAUGUUCAUUUCUCUUGGAGAUGCGAGGGGCAAGAACUGGACCCUGGGUUGUAUCUAUCUCAUUGGCCAUUGCUUGUCCUGGUCCGGUUGGUUAGUGUUGCAGGCUCCGGUUCUCAAGAAAUACCCGGCCAGGCUAUCUGUCACCUCCUAUACGUGCUUUUUUGGGCUUAUACAGUUCUUGAUCAUUGCUGCCUUCGCUGAGAGGGAUCCACAGGCUUGGAUUUUUCACUCGGGGGGAGAACUCUUCACCAUCCUCUAUGCAGGAGUGGUGGCAUCAGGGAUUGCCUUCGCUGUACAGAUAUGGUGCAUUGACAGAGGUGGCCCUGUCUUCGUUGCUGUUUAUCAACCCGUUCAGACUCUUGUUGUCGCUAUUAUGGCUUCCAUUGCUUUGCGCGAAGAGUUCUAUCUCGGAGGAAUCAUUGGAGCAGUGCUGAUCAUAAUAGGAUUGUACCUUGUCCUAUGGGGCAAAAGUGAAGAAAAGAAAUUUGCAGCCAAGGAAAGUGCAGUGAUCCAGUCCACUCCAGAGCACGCAAACCUCAGAUCACAAGCCCACAUCAAGACGUCCCUCACUCAGCCAUUGCUCCCUCCAUCAACGGAAAAUGUUUAACCAGCAAAACCCUAACCUUUAACAACAAAGUUGGCUGGAGACCACAAGAUUUGAAAGGGAAAAGCCUGAAAAAAAAAAUGGAAGCACUACUUAUCAAGAAAGCUUGUGUGUGUAUGAAGAAGUUGUUCUUUUUUUUAUUUUUUAUUUUUAUUUUUCCCUUGUUUAGUAGGAGGUUGAGGAAGGGGAGAUUUUGAGGAGAUGAAAAUGAUUAUCACUUUCACUUUUGUGUGGCCCUGUGUGGCCUGAAACCCCCUUUGUGCUUUUAUAUGUUGAACUAUGGUUUGUUUUUACAAAAAAGAAAGGUAUGCUCAAAGUGAUCAUCAUAUGGUUUGGAGAGAAUGGACCUACCAUUUUAUAAUAAUGUUCAUUUGCUAAA